AGUCAUACUUGAUAGAGUUAGGGUGGAGGAUGUUGAUUUAGUUACGAAAGAAGUAAAAUAAAAUAAUUGCCUUAAUAUUAGUAAUCAUCAUACCCCGUGGAGUUUUGACUGCUCUGUGAAAAAUAUAUUUUAAAAUGUUUGCCUCCAUACCUAGAUCACUGUUAUGUUGCACUAACGCUAUAGUCCCGAAUCGUGCAGUUGCUUUAGCAUUAGCAAAAUGUCCUAUGUUCGAGUCCUCGUCGAUAUUUUGCCGUGAAUACCAUGAAGUCACCGGUAGUAUUAUCUGUCCUAAUGUUGUUCGAGGUAUAGACCACAUGAGAGAUCCCCGAUUAAAUAAGGGAUUAGCUUUCACCCUAGAAGAACGUCAAGCCCUUGGCAUUCAUGGUCUUCUGGCUGCCACUUUUAAAACUCAAGAAGAGCAACUGUAUAUCUGCCGGAUAUCAGUGGAUCGUUAUGAGGAAAAUCUCAAUAAAUAUCUCUAUCUCGUCGAGUUACAGGAUAGAAAUGAGAAGCUGUUCUUUAGACUCCUUGCGGAGAACGUCGAAAAGUAUCUGCCGAUAGUAUACACACCAACAGUGGGGUUGGCCUGCCAACGAUUCGGUCUCAUUUACAGGAGACCUAGAGGUCUCUUUAUCACUAUCAACGAUAAAGGACAUAUAUUUGAAAUACUCAAAAAUUGGCCUGAACCAGAUGUUCGUGCUAUAGUAUUCACGGAUGGCGAACGUAUUCUGGGUUUGGGUGACUUGGGCGCUUAUGGAAUGGGUAUUCCUGUAGGAAAACUUUCAUUGUAUACUGCAUUGGCAGGUAUAAAACCCCACCAGUGUUUGCCUAUCACUUUGGAUGUUGGUACUGAUAAUCAGAGUCUCUUGGAAGAUCCCCUAUAUAUCGGAUUGAGACAAAAGAGGACAAGAGGCAAGGAAUACGAUGAAUUUAUGGACGAGUUUAUGGAAGCGUGCGUGAUGAGAUAUGGACAAAACACGUUAUUGCAAUUUGAAGACUUCGCCCUCCCGAACGCCGGACGACUCUUGUCGAAAUACCGCAAUAAGUAUUGCACAUUCAACGACGACAUCCAGGGCACCGCCAGCGUCGCCGUGGCCGGAUUAAUGGCCGCCGUCAGGGUGACCAAGAGAAAGCUCAGUGAGAAUAUUUAUCUGUUCCUUGGUGCUGGCUCCGCGGCCGGCGGUAUCGCGGAGCUGACGGUGUCAGCGAUGAUCCACGAGGGUUUAUCAGAGAGACAAGCGAGGGACAGAGUGUUCAUGUUCGAUAUAAACGGUUUACUGUCGACACGCCGUGAAGGUGGUGUGCCGGAACACGCGAAAGCUUUUGGCAAGGACGUUGAACCGGAGAAGGAUUUCGAACAGUGCAUCGCCAAAAUCAAACCGAGUUGUUUGAUCGGUUGUUCGACGGUGGGCGGUGCUUUCACGCCUAAAGUGCUGCAGCAAAUGGCCAAAAAUACUGAAAGACCUAUUAUUUUCGCUCUCUCUAACCCAACAAGUAAAGCAGAGUGUACUGCACAGGCUGCUUAUGACAAUACUGAGGGCCGCUGUGUAUUCGCGUCCGGAUCUCCAUUCCCACCUGUGAAAUUUAAUGGCAAAGAGUUUCUCACCGGACAGGGCAAUAAUGCCUACAUAUUCCCCGGUAUCGCUCUAGGUGUCAUCGCCACCGCGACGCAUCAUAUACCAGAGACUAUGUUUUUGACGGCAGCAAAGACACUUGCGGAUUAUGUUAGCGAGGAAGAUUUGGCUCUUGGUCGUAUUUAUCCUUCAUUGGCGGAAGUAAGAGAUGUCUCACUCGCUAUUGCUGUCAAUGUCGCAAAGAUGGCUUACGAUGAAGGUUUGGCUUCCCUAUACCCCGAGCCGAAGGAUUUGGCCCAGCACGUUAAGAAUCAAAUGUACAAUUUCCACUACGAGAGUGCCAUGCCCGUUGUAUGGGACUGGAAACCGGCGGAGAAGGUCAACGUUAGGCCCCUCUAGCCAGUACCUAAGUACUUCUAAACCCAGUAUUAAUAAUUAUGAUUUAUUUUUAAGUUUUAAUAACAGACCUUUUACUACUGGCCGCGAUAGUUUUCCACAGACUAGUUAUUUUUAUUAGAUGAAACCUCAACUUAAAAAAAAAAGGUUAAAAUGCAGGUUUAAUUUAAAAUAAUUUGUAAAUUAUACAGGAUAUAAUUUGUUUCGUUAUUUUUUAAUUGUACAUAUUAAUAAAUCGUUUCGUAAAUUUAUAUAACAUCAUGUACUCGAUUCGUUAGAGUUUAGGCAAUUUGCCCCAUCUCAUUGUAUAGUUAGUGCUUGCUGGAUGUAUGCAUUGAUUUGUUGUAUAUAGUGCAAGAAUUUUGUGAACUUAAUGAAUCUGGCUAUAUUCAGUAGCGUAUUCGUGCACAGUCAUUUAUAGUUUGAUUGGCAAACGU